AGAGAGAAAGCGUUAAGGCAAAAGGAGACUAAACAAGAGUGCGUGCGACUGAGAGGUUUAAGAACUGAAAACCCAUCCUAACCCUAAACCCGCAACGACGCCGUAUUCCGCCGCACCGGCAUUCAUCUCCACCUCACAUGGCUACCAAGAAACGAAACUCUGCUGCAGAGGACGAAACCGUUAACACAAACGAUUCCCCAAAACCCCAAAACAAGAAACCAAAGACCAACGCCGAUGGCCAACAACAACCUUCCAUCAAGCCCAUGGAGAGGAAGAAGAAACGCAAAGCUUUGGACAAAGAGAGACGCCGCACAACGUCUCAGUCCCAAUCCCAACCUCCAGCUUCGGAGCCCAAACCUGUGCUUCAGUCCCUCGAUUCGCCGAGCACCGGUGGUGGCUCUCUUCCGGCGUUUCACAUUGGCGUGUUCAAGGACUUGGCGGCGGCGUCUGAGUCGGCGAGGGAAGCCGCCGCCAAACGAAUGGUGAUGGAGUUGAAGGAGGUUCAGAAUGCUUAUGACGCGCUUGAGGAUAAGGAGAAUGGUGAUGGUGGAUUCAAGUUGGAAGCUGAGAAAGACGAUGGAUUGGAUAACUGUGCUCCCUCUGUGAGAUACGCUGUUCGUAGGCUUAUUCGUGGUGUUUCUUCGUCGAGAGAGUGUGCACGACAGGGUUUUGCUUUAGGUUUGACGGUUUUAGUUGGUGCUAUUAAUAACAUCAAGGUUGAAUCAUUCCUUAAACUUGUGGUUGAUUUGUUGGAAGUGACUUCAUCAAUGAAGGGUCAGGAAGCAAAAGAUUGUCUGUUGGGCCGCUUAUUUGCUUAUGGUGCUCUGGCUAGAUCAGGAAAACUUGCACAGGAAUGGAGUUUGGAUAAAAACACUCCUUGCAUACGAGAAUUUAUCAGUCUACUUAUCUCUCUUGCAAACAAAAAGCGGUACUUACGAGAGCCUGCUGUCUCAAUAAUUCUAGACCUGGUUGAAAAGUUGCCUGCUGAGACACUGGUGAAUCAUGUUCUUGAAGCUCCUGGGCUCCAGGAGUGGUUUGAAUCUGCUAUAGAAGUUGGAAAUCCUGAUGCUUUGCUCCUUGCUUUAAAAGUUCGGGAAAAGAUUUCUACUGACAGUUCCAUAUUUGGCAAACUACUGCCUAAUCCAUUCAACUCUAGCCAGCUUUUUUCUGAGGAUCACCUGUCCUCCCUGAGUAAUUGCUUGAAGGAGUCAACUUUCUGUCAGCCUCGUGUUCAUAAUGUCUGGCCAGUUUUGAUAAAUAUUCUUUUACCUAACACUAUUUCGCAAUCAGAAGAUGCAGUGUCAGCUUCAAGUUCAUUAAAAAAACACAAAAAGAGUCGAAAAUCUAGCUCUUCAGAUGAAGAGAUUGCCAAGAAUCUGCAGUCUUUUUGUGAAAUAAUUGUUGAGGGAACUCUUCUCUUCUCAUCUCAUGAUCGUAAGCACUUAGCUUUUGAUGUUCUGUUUCUUCUUCUCCAGAAGUUGCCUGCAUCUUUAGUUGCAGUUGUUCUGUCGAACAAAGUUGUUCAGUGCCUGAUGGAUAUACUAUCGACAAAAAGCACAUGGCUGUAUAAAGUUGCACAGCAUUUUCUUAAACGGUUGUCAGAUUGGGUGGGGGAUGAUGAUGUCCGAAGAGUUGCUGUUAUAGUAGCUAUACAGAAGCACAGCAAUGGAAAAUUUGAUUGUGUAACACGAACAAAACAUGUUAAAGAUUUUAUGUCACAGUUCAAAACUGAACCUGGUUGCAUGCUUUUUAUUCAGAACUUAAUGAACCUGUUUGUGGAUGAAGGCAAUGCCUUGGAGGAACCUUCAGAUCAGAGUCAAACAACAGAUGAAAAUUCAGAAAUAGGUUCUAUUGAAGAUAAAGAUUCUCCUAGGACCAAUGGGAAUGCUGAUUUUUUGAAGAGUUGGGUUAUAGAAACCCUUCCCAGUAUUUUAAAAUUCUUGAAGCUGGAUCAUGAAGAGAAGUUUAGACUGCAAAAAGAAAUCAUGAAAUUUCUGGCUGUUCAGGGUCUGUUUACUGCAUCUCUUGGCACUGAGAUCACUUCCUUUGAGUUACAAGAGAAAUUCAGGUGGCCAAAAUCUCCCACACCCAAUGCUCUUUGCAAGAUGUGUAUUGACCAGCUGCAGCUGUUAUUGGCAAAUGCUCAGAAGGCGGAGGGCUUGCAUCCUUUGGCUAAUAGCCUUGAACCAACUGAUCUUGGUUCAUACUUCAUGAAAUUCUUUGGCACCUUGUGCAACAUUCCUUCAGUUUCCCUCUUCCGGUCUUUAGAUGAUGAGGAUGAAAAAGCAGUAAAAAAUUUGCAAGCAAUGGAGGCCAGAUUAUCCAGAGAGGAAAGGAGCCAUGAAUGUAGCAUUGAUGCUAAUCGAUUGAAUGCAGCGAAAUACUUGCUUAUCCAGCUGCUUCUGCAAGUGCUUCUUCGUCCAGGGGAGUACUCAGAAGCUGCAUCUGAACUCAUCAUUUGUUGUAAGAAAGCUUUUUCUGCUUCUAAUAUUCAUGAGUCCUCUGGAGAAGAUGAUGUGGAGGUUGAUGAUGCUCCUGAAGUGAUGGACGUUCUUGUGGAUACCUUACUCUCUCUGCUUCCACAAUCAUCUGCACCUAUGCGAUCUUCUAUUGAACAGAUGUUUAAAUAUUUUUGUGAUGACAUCACUGAUGAUGGACUGAUGCAAAUGUUGCGGGUCAUUAAGAAAAGUUUAAAACCGGCUAGACAUCCAGAUGCAGAUGAUGAUGACGACGACGACUUCAUCAAUAUUGAAGAUGAAGAAAUUGAUCAAGCUGAGACAGGUGAGACAGGUGAGAGUGAUGGGCAGACAGAUGACUCUGAGUCCGUAGUUGAGGUGGAAGAAGCUGAUCAUGGUCAUUCUGAAGCUUCUGAUGAUUCUGAUAGUGGGAUGGACGAUGAUGCAAUGUUCAGGAUUGAUACAUACCUUGCCCAGAUUUUUAAAGAGAAGAAAAAUCAGGCUGGAGGUGAAACUGCCCAUUCCCAGCUUGUGCUUUUCAAACUUCGUAUCCUUUCAUUGUUGGAAAUUUUCCUUCAUGAAAAUCCAGGUAAGCCUCAGGUUCUUAUGGUUUACUCAAAUUUAGCUCAGGCUUUCGUUAACCCUCAUACGGCAGAAGUUAGUGAGCAGCUUGGACAACGUGUAUGGGGAAUAUUACAAAAGCAAAUAUUUAAAGCAAAGGAUUAUCCUAGGGGUGAUGGAAUCCAGUUAUCCACUCUUGAAUCUCUGUUGGAAAGAAAUUUGAAAUUAGCAUCAAAGCCGUAUAAAAGACAGAAGUCUGCUUCUAACCCAUCAAAGCGAUCAGCUGCCUGGAACCGACAGAAAAUGGUUUCUUCCCUUGCCCAAACUUCAACCUUCUGGAUUUUGAAAAUUAUUGAUUCAAGAAAUUUCUCUCAGUCUGAACUAGAGAAGAUUGUUCAAAUUUUCCGUGAAGUGUUGGUGGGAUAUUUUGACCAUAAGAAAUCUCAAAUCAAAUCUGGAUUUUUAAAAGAAAUAUUUCGAAGACGACCAUGGAUUGGACACUCUAUAUUUGGCUUUAUUUUGGAGAGAUGUGGAUCUGCCAAGUCAGACUAUCGACGAGUAGAAGCACUUGAUUUGGUAAUGGAAAUAUUUAAGUCACUGGCAACUGGGAAUAGUGACGAACAGAAUGCAUCGAAAAAGAUUCUUAAAAAUAAUUUGGAUAAACUUUCUCGUCUUAUGAAAGAGUUGGUGACAAAUAUGCCUAGCAAACCAGCAAGGCGGGCAGAGGUACACAAGUUCUGUGUCAAAGCCUUGGAGAUCCUGUCUAAGCUUAACCUCACUAAGCAUUUUGUUAAAACUUUGGCUCCUGAUACUCAAGCCGCUCUUGAGGCGCAACUUGGUGAACAAUUCAUCCGUUUGAAGAAGCUGGAAAAAUAAACUACAGAAUCUAAAAAUUGCUGCUACAACCUGAGCUUUUGAUAUUACAUUACUCGCCACACUUGAAAGACCAAAACACGUUGGAAAUACAGUGCUGUCCCCAAAAGCAAUCCCCUGAUGCUUGAAGUUUACUCUGCCCGCGAGAUCGGUGCCCCAAAAUUCCUUUAAGACGGGCUUACUUGUAUGCCUCUGGGAGAGGAAUGGUGGAGUGGAUGAGGACUUACUCGAACAUGUUUGAGGUGUUUGCUGUAAGAAUUUUGGUAAAACUUUGAAAUUCUUAGUUUUGUUUGCCUUUGUGGAUGUUUUGUUUUGUAAACUUUCCUAUGUUACACAUGAUGACUUUUUGAGUUAGUAAGAGAUCAACUUUUUAUGUUGC